UGGAAAAUGGCACCCUCUGCAACGGUCCCUCCACUCCCCAUCGCUGCCGGCUGCAACGAGCGGGACAGUCGGCAGGGAUGUUCUCAGAAAGAAGGAUCCGCAGCUGAAUCUGUCCGCGGAUCCGUUGAACGUUGUCCCGGUGUGAUUGCUGCUGAUUGUCUGCCUCCACCUCGGAGACAGCCGUGUCCAGGACGUGCAACGCAUCCAAAUCUUUGAUCCACCCAAUGAGCGCAUUGAUGGCCCAGAAAAGCAGCCAGUAGAGCCCGUCAUAAUCCGCGAGACAGUUCUUCGGAUACUUGUGGAUGAACCCAGAGACGGCAUCGGCAAAUCGACGUUGCAGUUCAGUCGGGGGUGCCGAAGAAAUGCCGAAGCCUAUGUGGUGUACCAAUUCGAGCGUCUCGAAGUCCAGGUCCCGCUCCGUUUGAUCCAGACCCCGGGCCGCACACCGCUCGAAGAAAGUGGUCACAACACCCACACAUGCAUACCCGUACACCCGCUGUGCCAAUGCCCGCUCCGUCCGCUUGUCACUGUCAAGGCCGAACACGGUGUGGAACCAGGCCUCAUCCUUGAAAAAACUCGGCAACUUGGCCAAUUCUGACAAAUCCCUUGAUUUCAGCAAAUACGGCGAGAAGCUUUUGAGCACGACGCACUGGACGACGGCAGGCAAACGGUGCGUGUGGAUGUCUGCUGCGUGAGUCCUUAGACUAUGGAGCACCAAGAGAUGGGUGUCGAGGUCUCUUGGUGGCUUAUCAGAUGCAAGCAAAUUCCGAUAAAUCAGCUGCAAGGUGUCGACAGAUGCCUGGAGGUCGUUUUGGUACUGCAAGUUCCUGCAUAGAGCGCGGCACAGGAAUCGGGUGCAAUGAUGGUUCGGACCGGGCUGUGAGUCGGACCUUGGCUCAGAGGCGGUGAGGGACGGAUGUCGCACAAGGAGCGGCCCAAGACGCCACAGCGACGAAUCGAGAUAGUGCGACGUCUGGGCAAACGGGGUGAUCAUCUGGCGGGCAGCAAAGACGACAUUGUCCGUUGUCUCGUGCAACUGGGAAUUGAUCAGCUCUCUGAGUGCGUCUUGCAGAGUUUUGAAGCCAUCCCCGUGCGUGAAGCGCAUUUGAGGCGGAUCAAAGAAGGACGUGGUCACAUCCCGUUGGAUGCUGGCAGGGCAUUGGGAAAGUGCUUUCAGAUAAUCCAAAUACGUCUGGCGCAUGUCGGCUUGUUGUUGGUUUUCUGCCUCGGCACGGAAAUGAUCAUUAGAGCUCCUUGCUUGUGUGAGGGCCCGUUGCUGGGCAUGAGACUCGAUCAUGUUCAGACGAACCAGAGCAGACACAUCGGGGAGCAUGCUCUGCACCUCGGGAGCAUCAGCGAAUUUCGAGCCGAGCAGCGCCUUGCCCAC